AUUUAUAUGAUAUUUGCCUUGUUCAGUCUUUUCAGAUAAGCCUACUUCUCUCGAGCAUCAUCCUUCCAUCUCCUGAAGUUCACUCUGUGACCGUCUCUUGAUCUUCACGCCAAUGGAGGGAGCUCCAUUCCCAAUCCGACCUGCUCUUCCCAACCAGAGCCCCAAGAUCGUAAUUCAACCGAAAUUGAACCUUCCCGUUCCCCCGCCGCCCCCGCCUCCUUCCUCCCUUCCUUUGGACUCCAUCCUCCAACACCUCGCCAAGGAGGCCAGAACCACCUUUCGGCCUCCAUCAACCAGUAAAAAUCCCAGCUUUCCCUCUUUGCGCCUUGCUUCGACCUCGUCCCCUCGCGAGAAAUCGUCUCCGGCGCCGCACGCACGGCUUGCUGGCGUCAAAGAUGGCGCUUGGGUUCUGCGGGACCCUCGCCUCGGCUUCCUCUCCGCCGCAGGCCAGUCGUUGCUUAGAUCCAUCAUCCAGUGUCCGCUCGUCGACGUCAUCUCGCUGCUUGAAGCCAGAAAAGAUGAGAUUUUUGGCACAGAUUGGAUUGGCCUCUUGAAGGCGCUCCAGGUAUUGGGCAAUUGGGAGAAAGCUCUCACGCUGUUCGAAUGGGCUGCGUCCAGUUCUCAUGCUGAAGAAUCCAGAUUAGACGCCCCAGCCAUCGAGGUGAUGAUCAGGGUAUUGGGGAAGAGUUCGCAACAUUCAGUCGCCGCAAAGCUGUUCGACUGUAUUCCUCUGGAGGAAUUCCGGCUUGAUAUCCGUGCUUACACUACUUUGCUUCAUAGCUACUCUCGUGCUGGGAAGUAUGACAAAGCAAUUGCAUUGUUUAACCAGAUAAAAUCCAAGGGGAUUUUGCCCACCUUGGUCACAUACAAUGUGAUUCUCGAUGUGUAUGGUCGCAAGGGACAGUCCUGGAGCAAAAUUCUGGAGAUUUUGGAUGAGAUGAAAAGCAGAAGAGUGAGCUAUGAUGAAUUCACCUAUAGUACAGUGAUCUCUGCCUGUGGAAGGGAAGGGUUAUUAACAGAGGCUUCGGAGUUCUUUGAACAAUUGAAGUUGCAGGGCUAUGUUCCUGGCACUGUCACAUACAAUUCACUACUCCAGGCGUAUGGCAAGGCCGGAAACUAUCCAGCAGCACUGAGGGUCUUGAAGGAAAUGGAGGACAAUGACCGCCCGGCUGAUGGUGUUACCUACAACGAGCUUGUAGCGACCUAUGCUCGAGCUGGCUUUUAUGAAGAAGGGGCAGCGGUCUUAGAUGCCAUGGCUACUAAAGGAAUUAUGCCAAAUUCUAUUACAUACACCACUGUGAUUAAUGGGUAUGGCAAAGCUGGAAAAGAGGAUGAAGCUUUGAUGCUGUUUCAUCGGAUGAAGAAAUUCGGUUGUGUUCCUAACAUUUGUACUUACAAUACAAUAUUAGGAAUGCUCGGAAGGAAAUCAAGGAUGGAGGAAAUGUUGGAGUUACUGUCCGACAUGAAGUCCAGUGGUUGCGUCCCGAAUAGGGUCACAUGGAACACAAUGUUAGCCAUGUGUGGUAAAAGGGGCAUGGAGGAUUAUGUAAGCCAAGUGUACACUGACAUGCAGAAAUCAGGAGUUGAAGCAGACAGGGAUACCUUCAACACGAUAAUCGCCGCAUAUGGUCGUUGUGGUUCAGGUACAAAUGCUUUGCGGAUGUAUGACGAGAUGGUCAAUGCAGGCUUUACUCCUUGCACUACGACAUAUAAUGCACUAUUGAAUGCAAUAGCUAGGAAGGGUGAUUGUGUAGCUGCAGAAUCUGUCAUAUCAGAUAUGAAGAGGAAGGGCUUCAAGCCUAAUGAUCUUUCAUACUGUUUGUUGCUUCAAACUUAUGCAAAAGGAAGGCACCUUGAAGCUAUAGAAGCAAUCGAACAAGAAGUAUACGAUGGCAAAAUUUUUCCUAGCUGGGCGAUCCUUAGGACUCUCGUUAUAAUCAACUUUAAGUGUAGGGUAUUAGAAGGCAUGGAAAAGGCAUUUGAGGAGCUUAAGAGGAAUGGCUACAAACCUGAUUUGGUGAUCCUUAAUUCGAUGCUCUCAAUUUAUGCAAAGAAUGGAAUGUAUGAUCGUGCUCGGGAAGUUUUCAAUCUGAUUCAUCCAAGUGGACUCCGACCUGAUCUCAUCACUUAUAACAGUAUGAUGGACAUGUAUGUGAAAGAUGGUGAAUGUCAGGCAGCAGAGGACAUGCUGAAACAACUCGAAAGCUCUGGGUUGAAGCCUGAUGCGGUGUCUUACAAUACUGUGAUUAAUGGAUUUUGCAAACAAGGCCUCAUGAGUGAAGCCUUGAGGAUUUUGACAGACAUGAUAGCUAAAGGAGUUUCACCUGGCAUGGUCACUUUCAACACCUUGAUUGCCGGAUAUGUGAGCAUGGAGAUGUUCAAAGAUGCUGCUGAUGUUAUUAGCUAUAUGGCCGAACACUAUUGUAGUCCUAACGAACUGUCCUUCCGGACAAUUGUCGAUGGCUACUGCAAAGCCAAGAGAUUCGAGGAAGCCAACCAGUUUGUAGCUGACAUUAAGAAUAUAGAUUCAUCUUUUCCUGAGCAGUUGGCGAAUAAGUUAGCCAUCAGGGUAGAAGAGAGGAAAUCCCAUCAUUGAUCGAAUGGUAUCUACCUAUCGUUAAAUGGAUAACGGCCUACACAUAUAUGAGGCUAUCUCAUAUUUGUUGAUGUAUAAAUGGAGUUCAUUGUAUUUUUUUUUAUACAGAUUUGCAUGAACUGGAGCAAAGAAAUCAUUCAUAUACUUUGUGCUGAAUAAUUUUGUUGUAGUUUUA